UUUUCUUCUGAUAUAAAAAAAAGUAAAACACAGUCCACAAGAACUCUCACUAUUUAUCUGCCCUAAAAUUUAAAUACGCGUCUGCUACGCCAUCCUCACAUUAAAUUUCACCAUUAAUGUCAAAUACCUAAGCUUUCAUUUUGAAAUUAUGUUACUGUAGUGAUUUUGUUCACUUGUUUUUGACUGAUUCAAAAACAAAAAUGGGCGGCUACAGUGGUGAUUCUUCAAAAUCUUCAGCUGAAUCUAACUUUCGUGAACUUGAUGAUGUGUUCUUGCAGACUCAAACAAGGAUAUGGCUUGGGGAAGUGUUGAAAAUGAGAUUGGAUGAGCACUUGCAUAUUUCUGAUUUGCUUGCUGAUGGGGAUCUUUUGUUUGAAGUUGCCAAAGAAUUAUGGAAUAUGCUAUUGGCAAAGUGUGGAGAGCUAAGACAUAUGAAGUAUGAACCACUUGGUUCACGGAAAUGCAGUGGGAGAUAUAUGCCAUAUUCUAAUGUUGACUCAUUUUUAAAGAUAUGCAAAAUACUAGGAUUAAAUGGUAUCGAUCUCUUCUCCCCAUCUGAUGUUGUUGAGAAAAAGAACAUUCGGAAAGUUUGCAUUUGCUUAAGGGCACUCUCAAAUAAGGCCCGUUCCAAACAAUUGAAGGUUCCUGACUUCGACUUGGUGACCUCUAUGGUAGUCAUGCCAAAAAAUAUGGUGGGUGGCAUUCGAAGAAGCUUGGAGACAUCACAAUGCAGCCUUUCAAGUUCUUCUGGUUAUUACUCGUAUAAAGAAACAAGAUCAAAACUUACGGAGAGAAAUAAAAUCACAGAGUGUGAAGCAAACUAUGAUUCUUCAUCUGAAGAGUCUGAUGAGGCAGAGAGCAAAUUUGUGGGAGAAGAGUCUUGUUGCUCAUCUAUGAAUCAGCUUGAAGAUGGUAAUGCCACAGAUACAGAUGCAGACAAUUCUUUCGGUGAAUAUUCAGCUGUUAGCAAGAACAGAAGAGAGAAAAACAGCUCUUCUCUAGGAAAUGGAGGGAAAUAUAUUAGUCCCAAUAAUAGGAUACACUUUGAUUAUAGUAACCUUAAUGCGGAAAAUGAUGAGUCAAUUGUUGGAGAUUCUAUGUAUGAUUACGAAAUGGAAGGUAGUUGUAUUUCCAACUACUUAUCAUUCUCAGAUUCAAUUAUUGGUGGAACUGAUGGUAGUACGCCUGUUUUGCGGGAAGGUGAAGAUAAUAUUUUGAACUUAUUUAUGGCAAUUGAUUCCCAUAGACCAAAUUCCAGUAAAGGGACUUUUCAGAAUGGACAUCAGUAUAAAUAUUCGGAUAAUGAAGACGCAGAAGUUUCAUCAACCACUAGCAUGAGCUCUGUACUAGGUCGGGUGCAUGCUUUGGAUUUUGAUGACCAAUUUGAUGCAGACGAAUGUUUAACAGAAGAAACCUCUGGUUCCUUACUGGAAAAUGAGGCCGAUCGGCAGCAAAAGGAUUUAUCUGCAAGUCAUGUAGCAUGGAAUGUUGUUACUACUGAACUUGUUUUUCAUGAUACUAAGGAACCCUCUGUGAUAAAACCUAAAAUUUCUGCCAGUCUCAGUGAGCUCACAUAUCCCGCUUCAGAUGAACCGCUCUCUGCUUCCACACAUAGUGAAGAUAUCGAGGUUGCAAGAAGUGAAGAUAUGGUUUGUCUUGAUACUGCUGCAUGUAGAAAUAAUCUUAAGAAUGUCUCUUUAGUUGGCAGAAAUGAAGGAUGUGAUGGUGAUUCACAGUAUCUCAAAUUUGUUUCUGAAGUAGUUAGUAGUACAUGUGAACCAUCCAUGACUUUGGAUGGUGUUAACAUGGAUCGGAAUAAUUCCGUUAAUUCUGCAAAUUGUUGUGAACAUAUUGAAAAAGGCCACCCCUGUUCCUGCACCGUCUGUGGUUCAGGUGAUGCAAGUGAAGUAUGUAAACCAACACUUCCAGGAGAUGAUGGUGACAGGAAACAUAAAGUUCCACAUUUGUGGGAACAAAAUGCUUCAGAGGGAAAUCAAGAAACAGAUGCUGGUGAAUUAAAAGAUAAACAUCGACAGAGACCAUUGCUGAAAACAGUUGCUAGAGGCACUGCGCUUGUUGGUGUAUUGUAUCUUUUGCUGCAUUUCAGUCGUAGGAGAAACAAACCGGAAGAAGGCAGUGAAGCCAACAGUAAACGAACUCAAAGUAAGAAGAUUCGUGGCAGAGAUUUCUCGUAUGGGCAUGGACAAAAUGGACGUCAACUCAAUAGUAUAUAUCCUUCCGAAAAACUCAAGUUCAAGAAUUAGAUUCUGCAUCGUCUGAGAGACUUGUAAGGGCUGGAUUUUCAUAUGUUAAGCCCAUUUCAUUGUAAUUUUUACUGUAGAAUAAGCAUAUGAGGUUUAGUUCAUAAGUUAAAAAGAAAAAAAGCUAAGUUAUUACCAUAAUAGAUUAGAAAAAAAAACAAAUAUCUACUUCCAUUAGUUACAUGUAAUUUUGAUGGAAUUAACAGCUUCAAUUAAUGAGUACUCAUUCGUUAAUUA